AUGGAAAUAAAUGAAGUUGAAUAUAAAAGUCUUCGGGACAAAUUUCAAUCAAUUGAAAAUGAGUUGAUACAAGCGGAAAAAAAUCUGCAAAUGCAUCAAAAAGAAUUAGAAACUGAUCGAGAAAAAUUGAAAAAGCUUUCAGUCGAUCAUCGAAAUCUUUUACCAGAUUUAUCUGAAGCUGAAGCAAAAUUGCGGCAAAUUAUUGAAGAAGUUUCCACGACACAUUUAAAGUUAUGA